UCUUCCUCCAGAGCCCAGAAGGGGCCACCCCUCACCGGGGAGGCUUCCCUCGGGAUUUGCAAACUGCAGCUGCUGAGACAAGAGGGAGAGAGGGGCGUCUCAAGGCCCCACUGGCCAUCUUGUCACUUGGACCUGGGAGCGGGUGGAUGAGCACCUCUCCUGGAGCAAGCUUCCCAGGAGGAAGGGAGCAAGGGCCAUUUCCUGUUGGAAGGCCUAUGGGUAGGCGGUGUCUGGGACUCUAGAGCCACCAGGAUGCCCCUGUGCUUCCACUCUGGACCUCUCUUGCCGCCAGGGGCUCCAGGAAAGCUUUCCAGGUGGAGAGGGAGGCUCUGGGCCUCUGCGAAGCGACAUCUCAGUGAGGCAGCUCCAUACAUUUCUCAGAGAGCUAGAUUGCUUUGUCAGUCUCCGGUCUACACUGGGACCCUUCCACCCCCUAAAGUGUUUGCUCCAGCCCCAUGGACUGCACCUCAUCCUGCCCUGGCCUCCCUGCAGUCAGCAGGAGGGGGAUUUCCCGGGCCUCUGUGUCCUUCGGGCUCAGCUCAGGAGGCCCUUGGGCUUCCUGCUACCGCCUGCACCCCUGCACGGCAGUAUGCCAUAGGUGCUCAGCAAGUGCCCAGGAAAUGAAUUCGGGAGCCCAACACUCCCAAGAGCCCCGCUACCAAGCAGUUGCCCCUCCUCCCAGGCCUCACUCUGGCUGCACCACCUCUGCCGGAAUCAUGAUCUCUGCUUCCUAAGAUUCCAGGAGCUGCAGGCAAGAUCUAUGGGCAGCCGCACCACAUUCUCGCAGGGCAUGGACACGCUGAGGCUUCUUGAACAAGUUAUACCAUGUUUCCAGAGAUGUGAGAUAGAUCUUCCAUUUCAUAACAUAUUUUAAAUGGAAAAACAUAUUUUAAAAGAAAACAUCCGUCAAGCAAUGUACAAGUAGACCAUAAGACAUACACAGAUUCCGGAAUAUUAAAAUGUGGGGGAAAGUAGAUCUUGGAUACACAGUAAAAAGAGCCCCUUGGCAUUGAGCACCUACAUGGGGUCAGCACUUCAUAUGCAGGUGACACCUUGUGUCAUGUUUCUUAGGGGUUAAAUUACGCCCCCCAAAAGAUAUGCUGAAACCCUCAUCCCCAGUACCUGCGAGGGGAGCUUAUUGGGAAAUAGGGCCUUUGCAGAUGUAGUCGAGUUAAGAUGAGGUCAUUACAACAAUCCCACUACUGGGCAUAUACCCCGAGAAAACCAUAAUUCAGAAAGACUCAUGUACCACAAUGUUCACUGCAGCUCUGUUUACAAUCGCCAGGACACGGAAGCCACCUAAGCGUCCAUCGACAGAUGAAUGGAUAAAGAAGACGUGUCACAUAUAUGUGAUGGAAUAUUAUGAAGCCAUAAAAAGAAACGAAAUUGAGUUAUUCGUAGUGAGGUGGAUGGACCUGCAGUCUGUCAUACAGAGUGAAGUAAGUGAGGGAGGAGCUACAGGCGAGGAGGGAGCCUCAGGUGAGGAGGGAGCUGUGGGUCAAGCAGGAGCUGAAGGUGAAGCACGAGUGUCAGAUGAGGAGGGAGCCGCAGGCGAUCAGGGAGCCGCAGGUGAGGUACGGGAUGGAGGUGAGGCAGGGGCUGCAGGUGAGGCAGGAGCUGAAGGUGAAGCGGGAGUGUCCGAUGAGGAGGGAGCCGCAGGUGACAGAAAUGUUGCCGGCGAGGCAGGCCGUGCGAGUAUGGCAGGAGCCGCGGGCGAGGCAAUGACUGCGGCUGAGGAAGCAGCCGUGGAAGCGGCAGGCGCCAUGGAUGAGGCAGGGCCCUCGACCCAGCAGUGGAGGCAGGCCUUGCAGCCCGUGCUAGACAACGUGGGCCACCAGGAGCUGGGAACCUUCUCUGGGAUGGAAGAGCCGGGCCCCGGGGAAGAGUCCUUUGAGAGCUGGCUGGAGCAGGCCAACGACAUGCUGCACCUGUGGCGCCACGUGUCUGAGAGGGAGAGGAGGAGGAGGCUGGUGGAGCGCGUGCGCGGCCCCGCGCUGGACCUCCUGUGCGGCCUCCUGGCGGAAGAUCCCGAGCUGGCUGCCCAGGACUGCCUGGCCGCGCUGGUGCAGGUGUUUGGGAACAAGGAGCCCCGGGGGAGUGCUCGGCUGAAGUUCCUGACCUGUGGCCAGCGGCCCCAGGAGACUCUCUCUGCGUACGUGAUGCGCCUGGAAGGCCUGCUGCGGUCGGCCCUGGAGAAGGGGGCCGUCCUCCCGGCCGAGGCGGACCAGGUGCGCGCCCGGCAGGUGCUGAUGCGGGCCCGGCUGAACGACACGCUCCAGGCGACGCUGAGGUGGAUGCAGCUGAUGAGGAGGCCUCCCGGCUUUGUGGGGAUGCUGCGGCUCCUCGAGUUGACCGAGGCCUGGGAGGCCUACCGGGCUAGCAGGGAGCAGUUCCCAGGGGAAGAAGAGGCCCGUGUGGACGUCGGAGACCUGGCAGCAGCCGCCCAGGCCGCCCCGGCCCGUCAGGCCAUCACCGCGGGCGCCGCUGCAGAUGGCACCGAGGCCUCCCCGGCCGGUGAAGAUGCCUCCACCCAGGCCGCCCUUUCCAAGGAAGGUAGCGCCGGGGCCCACCCGGCGCCUGAAGAGGCCAGUGAGGCAGUUGCCGGCACUGCCGAGGCUGGCGAGGCGGGCCCUGAAGACCAUGGUGCCGCCAGGGCAGCCCCUGGCCCUGGGGAGACCAGCAAGGCCUCCGCGGCCACUCAGGAAGAUGGAAGUGCUGCCGGCCCUGCGGGCCUAGGUCCGGCAGGACCCUCACAUGCCCCCGGAGUCCCCGUGCCUGGCCGGAUGGGCAGCGCUUCCCCGGUGGGCCCAGGAGGUCCUGGCUGGGAGCCAGAGGGCCUCGCCCAGGCAGGAGGCCAGGAGGCCGAGGAGACCCCCGAGGAGGGGCUCAAGCCUGUCCCAGAAGAGCCGGGAAAUGAGGCCGGGGCUGCAGAGCUGAGCCCCCCGGGGUCGCCCUCGGGCCAGUAGGCUCAGCAGGCCCCGGGGCCCCCAGGCUUGGAGGCAGGGGGAGGCCAGCCCUGGCAGCCUCCUGGCCCCAUGGUAGGGGCCACUCAAGGUGCCUGGGCCUCCCUCCUGAGAGGGGAUCCCUGUUCAUCAUCCCCUGGGCAGGCUGCUCCCUGUACUGGCAAGCCCCAAUGUGUCCCUGUAGGCCCCAGAGGGACCCAGGUGGCAAGGAACCCCCCAGCCCCCGCUCC